GAAGACGGCGACGACGACGAAGUUGAUAACAGCCCGCCGGAACCUUUCUAUGCCAAUAUGGUUUUAAGCACCGAAUGGUCGCAGGUCGAAGUGAUUGAUCUCUACAACGAUGGCAAUGGUUUGGGCUUUAUUCUGGUGGGUGGCCGCAGCACUGGCGUCGUUAUCAAGGCCCUAACGCCUGGCGGCGUGGCUGAGCGUGAUGGACGCCUACAGUGCGGUGAUCAUGUCCUGCAAAUCGGUGAUGUGAAUUUACGUGGUUUCAGCUCGGAACAAGUGGCGACAGUUCUUCGUCAGACUGGAGCUCAGGUUCGUUUGAUUGUCGCAAGACCGGUGGAGUCAACCGCCACCGAUUUCCAACAUUUAGCUAGUCAUGCCCCAAUUAUUCCAACUAAGCUCCUUUCCGACCCAGAAGAAUUGUCUCGACAUUUAUUUCAUAAUCCCGGUUUGCCAACAAGUUCGGAAGCGGCCCUGGCAGCUGCCUCAUUGGUGGCGGGUGGUGGUGCAGUUGGUGGAGCGGCGGCGGCGGCGUCGUCGUCGGUGGGAGUUAGCUGUUCCACCAUGAUGUUGGAGGGUGUCACCGCCACCGAAUCGCUGGGGGCAAGUGCCUAUUAUCCUGCCACACCGGACACAGAAUUGGCGGAUUUGCCCUUGCCACCAAUACCCAAAGAGCUGACCAAUAGCUCAGCGGCCCGCAUGUGUCCCAAAGAUUUAGACAUUAUACCAUUUUCCAUUGUUUCGCCACCGCCCAUAUCGGGAGGGGCGGGCAAAUCGUUAACCUCCCUUUCGCCACCGGAUGUCGGACCCAUACCUCCUCCUCCCUCGGCGACAUUUCAUUCUCAGAGUUCACUGAAAACAAAAUCAACACCACCACCACUACAUAUGGACCACAUAGAGACUGUGAUAGCUGGUAUAACUACAACUGGCACCUCAUCUAACGAUCCCGAUGAAUGUUGUUCGAUAACGUCCUCAAACUACAUGGAUUCACCGGAAACCGAAACCUAUCAUGUAAAACUCUGUAAAAAUGUCUAUGGCCUUGGCAUUACGGUGGCCGGCUACGUGUGCGAAGAAGAGGAUUUAUCCGGAAUUUUUGUUAAGAGCAUAAUUGAGGGAAGUGCGGCGGAAAUGAGCGGACAAAUACAAAUAAAUGAUCGCAUAGUGGCGGUCGAUGGCAAAACCCUGGCGGGUUGUACAAAUCAUCAGGCCGUGGAGAUGCUGCGCAACACAGACAUUGAAGUCCACCUCACGUUGGAGCGAUUCCUGAGAGGGCGUAAAUAUGAACAUUUGCAGGUGGCAUUGACAGAACUGAAAGCCUCAAUGGAUACACAAUCGCAAUAUUCACUGCCGCCCUCACCCUCAAUAGCUACACUGUCAUGGUUGCCACCUAAAUCCGAUGUGGACUCCAUUGCCACAGAGGGUGGGAUUACUGGAGGCACCAAUGCAUUGGAUUUCGCCGAACUACCUUCCAGAGAAACUGUGGACUCGCAAAUGUCCCACAUGCUUGACAAAAGUGAACAGAGUCCAACCGGCACCAUGGCAGCUGACGACCACUUGAGUCGUUCUUCGAAGACACCCACAACGCCAGACAACAACAAACCACCUCUGGCCAAUGGCAAGGCAUGUGUCAUAACCUCACCCGAUCACCAGAAAACGUCGAACAAACAACUGAACGGUUCUCUGGGUUCCCGAACACCGACAAUAGAAAAUGUUGCUGAAAUCGUUGCUACCACAACCACGACCACAACCCCUACUCCCACCCCGAACAGCAAAGAUAACAAAAAGACAAAACAAACACCACCUAGUGAUCUGGCCAUACGUAAACUAUCAUCGCCCUUAGCCGUGUCACACCAACCCCCGUCCCAGUCCCCUGUACCCUUAGAACAUUCCAGUCCCAGUGCGGAUUCGCUGAAAGUUUCAUGGAAAAGUCUAGGAAUUAGCCUUGAGGGCACUGUCGAUGUAGAGUGCGGCAUCGAGAAACGUCCCCAUCACUAUAUACGCUCGAUACUGGAAGAUGGUCCGGUCGGCCGUCAGGGUAUCCUAAAGCCGGGCGAUGAACUGUUGCAGGUGAACGAAUACCGAUUGCAGGGUCUCAAACAUACCGAAGUGGUAAAAAUACUCAAAGAACUGCCUUCACAUGUCAAAUUGGUGUGUGCCCGCGGUCCAACCGCACCAUCUAUCAUUAAUACAUCACAGAAUCCGGAAGCCUUUGAAACGCGCAGCCUUCUACCCGGUGGCCAUCAGAGCCUGCAGAAUCUCAUGAGCAAAGCUCAGUCGGAGAGUUCUUUGUAUACCUCUAGCACUGCCACACUAACGGAUCAGCAACGUUCAAAAUCAUUAGAAAAUGUAUCGGGCCUAGCGCUAUGGAGCUCAGAUGUGACCAUAGUUGAAAUUGAGAAAACCGAACAGGGUUUCGGCUUCUCCAUAUUGGACUAUCAAGAUCCCUUAGAUCCAGAUGGCAGUGUUAUAGUCAUACGAGGUCUUAUCAGAGGUGGCUCCGCCGAGGCCACUAACGAUAUAUUUCCCGGUGAUCGUUUGGUCAGUGUGGGCGAACACAGUCUGCAGGGUUUGGACUUGGACGAAGCGGUAGCCAUCCUGAAGGGUAUGCCAAUUGGCCUUACAAAAUUGGGUAUAUGCCGGCCAUUAUCGACAUCGGAUAGCAAUAUAGCCUCACCAAUUGGAGAUGGAGAUUCACCGAGUACAUAGCUUUCAUUGGAGA